AUGAUCACAGAUCAGUCGAUGUGUACAGCCACACUGGUGUCGACAAAGGCGAUCAUCACAGCUGGUCAUUGUGUCUGUGGACCGAAAUCAAUCAGACGGAUUUCCUUUCUGACGCUGAGUGAUUUUGACAAGAGAUCGAUCAAUUACGAGCCGUCAUCGAUCAAAGUGCCUCCAGAAUACGAUCCAGUAUGUCAGUUGAAACGAGCCAACCAGCGCGUCACACAAACUUUCGGUGGGUAUGAUGUGGCGGUGGUGACACUGUCGGAAAUGGUGGAUCUGGGAGAUGGGGUGAAAGUGGUGAGCAUGGCGAGUGAAUCGGAAAUACCGGUGCCGAACACUGUUGUCCACAUUGUGGGAUAUGGCAAAGAUGUUCGUGCUUCAGAUGAUACAGCUCGAUAUGGUGGAGUGUUGAAGAAGGGUCGUGCUGUUGUCAUGGAAUGUCUUCACAAAACUGUUGGAAAUCCCAUCUGCAUCAAACCAGAUCCAAUCUCUCAGCAAAUAAUCGGUCCAGGAGAUAGUGGUGGACCUCUCCUUCUCACUCCACAAGGUCCCAUUAUUGGUGUUGCAUCGGGUGGUGUAUUUCUUCCUGCCAUUGGUGAUUUGUGUGUGGAAUAUGCGAGUGUGAGUCGAUCACUGGGAUUUAUCAUGUCAAAUAUAUGA